GUCAGGAGCAACCAAGGAAUGCAAACUAACAGCCCUGCUGGAGUCCAGACUAUCUACAGGACUGCCAGCCAGCCUGCCAGCCAUGGGCCAGGAUUAUUAUGCUAUACUCCAUGUCACUCACAAUGCAGAGGAUGCCCAGAUCAAGAAGGCGUAUCGGAAACUUGCCCUGCAGCACCACCCGCUGAAGUCCGUUGAGCCAUCCUCAGCAGAGAUAUUCAGGCAAAUCGCAGAGGCCUACGACGUGCUGAGUGACCCUGUGAAGAGAGGCAUCUAUGACAAGUUUGGAGAAGAGGGUCUGAAGGGCGGGAUUCCUCUGGAAUUUGGGUCCCAGAUACCAUGGACAACUGGUUACGUCUUCCAUGGCAACCCUGAAAAAGUGUUCCAUGAGUUCUUCGGGGGAAACAACCCCUUUGCUGAAUUUUUUGAUGCAGAAGGAAAUGAGGCGGAUUUGAACUUUGGGGGGCUCCGGGGCCGAGGGGUCAGGAAACAGGACCCCCCAAUCGAAAGAGACCUCUACCUUUCCCUUGAGGACUUAUAUUUUGGCUGCACCAAGAAAAUCAAGAUCUCCCGCAGGGUGCUGAACGAGGAUGGGUACUCCUCUACCAUCAAGGACAAGAUCCUCACAAUUGAUGUGAAGCCUGGUUGGAGGCAGGGCACACGGAUCACCUUCGAGAAGGAAGGUGACCAGGGCCCCAACAUUAUCCCAGCCGACAUCAUCUUCAUCGUAAAGGAGAAGCUACACCCUCGCUUCCGCAGGGAGAAUGACCACCUUUUUUUUGUGAACUCCAUCCCCUUGGGCAAGGCUCUGACCUGCUGCACCGUGGAGGUGAAGACCCUAGAUGACCGUCUGCUCAACAUCCCCAUCAAUGACAUCAUCCAUCCUAAGUACUUCAAGAAGGUUCCGGGUGAGGGGAUGCCAUUGCCUGAGGACCCCACCAAGAGGGGGGACCUCUUCAUCUUCUUCGACAUCCAGUUCCCCACCCGCCUCACGCCCCAGAAGAAGCAGAUGCUGCGCCAGGCGUUGCUGAUGUAACCAGUGGGCUGGGCACCAGGCCUUACCUGCUCCCGCCUCCCGCAGCCUCUGGGUGUUCAGCGGAGCCAGCCCACUGCACAGAGGUGGCAUGAGGAUGGGAUGGACUUUGAGACUAACAUAAUAAAGAUUUGUUUCCUUAUCCUCCAGCUACA